GCUAAAUAGUCACAGGCAUUCACUCUGCCUCUUUCACUCUCAACCCUCCCACUUCCCUCAGUUUUUCUCUCUGGCGCUCCAGCUUUCACCAGUAUUCAACUUUCUUCUACAACAAAAAGUUUUGCCAGAAAUCCAGUGGGACACUGGAGUAAAUCACUCAAGUAAACGAUUCUGCUCACCUGAAGUGUUUCUCUGGAAAUCAGUCUUUCCCUUGUGAGGAGCACAGCACAGUUGGCAUGGGUUUCCCAGUAAAGAUGUCUCUUCCAUUGUCAUUGCUGAUAUGUCUAUCAGCUGUUCAGCUGUGUUUGGGAGAUAAGCCCGUGCAAGAAGUCAUCAAAACCAGAAGCAGGACUCCUCUGGGGGGCUCAUUUGAAAUCAAUCCAGAUUCAGCUGAAGUUCAGGAUGUAGCUCAACAUGCUGUGAAGGUGUUCAACACGAAGUCCAAGGCCAAGAAGAUGUUCAAAUUGGUCACAGUCACUCGUGCUCAGUGUCAGGUGACCAAUAUGCUCAACUAUAAGCUUGAAGCAGUCCUGGGAAAAACCAGAUGUCCCAAAUCUGAAAACCAUGACUUAAAAAGCUGCAGUCUUGUGAAUAAGAAUCUGAGGUGCCACUUUGAGGUGACUCACAACGCCCGCAACAACAGAUUUGUGCUGAAGAAAAUAAAGUGCAAGAAAGUUGAACGGCUUUAAUUUUCAUUUGCAUUUUUGUAGGCUUAUUGCCACAACUUACUUCUUUACUUAUAUUCUGUAUGUUCUUUAUGCAUUUGAAAAGGCUGGUCAGCAUGCAGUUAUGCAGUUAGAAUUAUCAUGGUUGUGGUUCAUGGCUUGUAGUGGGAUUGUACAUCUUCAGAUAGCUUCCGCUUCUGUUUACUUUAUGUUAUGAUUUGUGCACCAUUUGUGCAAUAUACAAAUUUGAUUCAGUUAUUACUGUAGGCUAUCUAGAAUGGACUCAAUCAUAUUCAUGCAGGUAAGCGGCAAAGUGGUCAUGAUUUAGUCAUAUUUAUCUAAUUGAUGGGGUUUUUACAUAGAGGAAUCAGAUUUUGUUUUGCACAAGCCAAGCUAUCGUCAUGCUCUUUCAAAUGUUUGAAAAAAAAAUAUUAGAAAUGAGUUAUUAGAAAGAUUUGACAUUAAGGAAUGACAUCACAGCUAUCUGUUCUCCUCCAUCUGCUUCUACACAAAUGUUUUCCAUUCAGUCAAUGAGAAAUACAUUUUUAUGUGCAUUUUAGGAGACACAAUGGGUCAUCUUUUAACGCUUUCUCAUUGCAUUUGUGUAACUUAUUGACCCUUUCUAUAUUAAUCUCAGACAUUCUUUCCUACUGUCCUAUUGGCACAGAGGGAUCAGGAAGGGGAGUAAUGGUUUCUUCUCCAGGCACUGCUGCAUAGGCAGUCCUAAAGAAAUACAGAUGUAAUUCCUUAAAUAAAAUCAUGUAUAUUUUGAUUCAACUCUAAAAAUUUCCUACCAGUUUUUUAAAAUGUUUUUUUCCUUGUUUGCUUGUGUGAUCCCUCCCUCUCCCUUCCCUCUGCUCUAAUUGUCCUGUAUUUCUUGCUCUCAUUUGUCACA